AUGAGCGCGGCGGAGGAGCGGGACGACGUCGCGGCGGAGACGGUCGAGUCGCUCGCGGAGACUCGGGACGGCAGCGUGGUCUCGCGCUCUCCCGCCCACGCUACUCCGCCGUCACUCGCCGAACCGCCCGUGUCUUGCGUGCGCGAGAAUGAUGACGACGAGGGCGGGCCUCACGCCAAGAAGGCGCGCGUCUCGGCGGAGGAGUCCGCCGCCGCAUCCUUUUCUCUCGUCGCGAUGCCAGGUGAGACGAGGGACGGGGAGCUCGCCGGGUUCGGGUCGACGGCGCCGAGCCCGUCCUCGGCGACCGACGGCUGCGAGAGCUUUGAGGUGACCGCGACGGACGACCGCGACGGCAUCGCUGGGGAGGACGCGGCUCAAUUUCAGGUCCUGUGCGACGAGGAAGCCGGUUUGUCGCCCGACGAGAAAGCGGAGGUGGCGGCCGUCAGUCAGGCGUGGUUCACCACCAAAGAAGACAAAGACUCGCUCGCCAACAAAGGUCACAAGUGGAGACAAGGAAUGUGGUCCAAAGAGGAGAUCGACAUUCUCAUGAGCAACAUCGAACAAUACGUCAAGAGUCGAGGCGUGGAGGACCCGGCCGAGAUCGUCUUCGAGAUGUCCAAAGAGGAGCGGAAAGAUUUUUACCGCUCGGUGGCGGUGGGCCUCAACAGGCCGCUCUUUGCCGUCUACCGACGAGUCUUGCGCAUGUACGACAACCGCAACCACGUGGGCAAGUACACUCCGGGAGAGAUUGAGAAGUUGAAAAGCCUGAGGGAUCGCCACGGCAACGACUGGGCCACCAUCGGCGCCGCGCUGGGCCGCAGCGCGUCCUCUGUCAAGGAUCGCUGUCGCCUAAUGAAGGACACCUGCAACACGGGCAAGUGGAGCGAGGAGGAGGAGCGACGUCUGGCCGAGGUGGUGUACGAAAUGGCGGGCGCGUCCCCGGGCUCGGCGGUGACCGGGGGCGUUUCCUGGGCCUCGGUGGCCAACCGGGUGGGCACGCGCUCCGAGAAGCAGUGCCGCUCCAAGUGGCUCAACUACCUCAACUGGAAGCAGAGCGGCGGCACCGACUGGACCAAAGACGACGAUCUCGUCCUCGCGCGCAGGAUUUUGGAGCUGGACGUGGUCGAUGAGAACGAAAUCAAAUGGGAGGAGCUGGCGGGCGGCUGGCGUAGCGUGCGCUCGCCCCAGUGGUUGCGCUCCAAAUGGUGGAGCAUCAAGAGACAAGUGGCCAAUCACAAGGCCGUCCCCUUCCCGGUUCUGGUCAAGGGCCUCCACGAAGUGAUGUCCACGAGCGCCGCUUCCUCGCUUCAGAUCCGCCUGGGCCGCUCGGAGGAAGGCGGCUCGGGUUCGACGGCGCUGCAGAGCUGCGCGGUGCAGAUCCCGCUUCAGAUCGCGCACCUGGAGUCUUCGGCGGCCGGCGGCGAGGGCGAUACCGUCGCGCUGAACGGCGGAGCGCUGCAGGCCUUUGAGAUUCUUCCGUCAUUCCAGCUGCAGCCCACCGCCACGCCGGGCACGUACGUCCUGCAGACCUCCUCCAAUCAGAGCCUGCCGCUUGGCUUGGCCGACAACGGCACGGUGACCUUGACAACCGGCUCCUCUUCAUCCCACGAGCACAUCAUCCUGCACGGUCUAACGACGGACGGCCUGUGCGGCGACGGCAUCAUCAUCCAGACGCUGGCCUCGGACGAGACGGAGGGACGGCGCCGGGAUCUUCUGGCCGAUCCGGAAAAGGCGUCCGCAGAGGAGCCGACGACCGACGAGCUGAUUUUGCCCGCGGCCGACGCUCCGGCGGCGCAUUCGUCAAUGGACGGCGGUGGCGCCGUCCUCAUCGUGCCCUCUCCCAACAUCAGCAGCACGCUGACAGAUCCCAUCUUGGAGAACCAGGACGGCUGCGAUUAG